AUGAGAGCCGGGGGCCGUCUACUCCCAGCUUGGGUUGAAUGGUGGCUUGCCGUUUCUUCGAUUCUUUGCACGAUCGACAUAGUAUACACGAUGUUUCGACCGCACACAAAUCGAGGCGGAUUUCUUGAGACAAUUUUCGAGCCAUGGAACAUUUAUGCCGAUGUUGACAUUCGGUACGCAGAAUGGGACGAUUUGGUGACGAUGGCCACAGGAAGAGUCAUGAUUGUUGAGAUUAUUAUGAAUUUGGCGGCUCUCAUUUUGGUUCGUCGUGAAUCUCGUCACGCCGUUCUCCUCACUUUCACCACAUCGGCUUUCGUUUUCUGGAAAACUUUCUGGUACAUGGUGAUGUAUAUUCGACAACCUGAUGGUACUCGACCCUAUUUGAAUCCAAAUUCGAAUUGGAUCGUUCAAUUUGUCGUCUUCUGGGUGGCUGAUGGACUUUGGUGUGCAAUUCCAUUGGCGGUGAUGAUCGUUUUGUGGAAUCGUUUGGCGCGCCACGAGUACGAGUUCGUCUCAACAAAAGAUUUGGCU